GAUGGCUGACUAAUGACAAAAACAAUUUGGUUUGCGACGUUUUUUCUUCGCUUGAACAAAAGCUAGAAGCAUAACACAAAGUGAUACGAAAAAUAAAGGACAUUUUUAUAUUCUGUAGAAUCUAGUGCUAUCGGGUAGUAAAAGCCGUUAUUAUAUAUCAAAAAUGUCCUUUAGUGUGUACGGUUUCAUUUAGUGAUGUAGUCAUACUCCGGAAACGCAAAAGUAUUCGAGUUUUUCAGUUUUUAUUCUCCCUACAAAGGGGCGAAGAAGAUUGUCAGUUCUUUUUUCUUCGUUUGUAUGGGAAACGCUAGCAGCAGUACCAACAUUCAACCAAAGGAGGAAUCUGCUGCUGUUAAACCGUCAUUAUCAUCAUCAUUUUCAUCUAUUUCACUUCCAUCAUCGCUGUUGAUUGCCAAGGAAUCAAAACAUCCGAGACAGAUAAGACAUUCUAGCAGUGUGGACGGAGUGUUCGACCGUUUGAACGAAAGUUCCCGUAAGUUUUCCAGCUCUUUAUCCUGUUCGGCUCUGCCCGGUAUUGAAUCUAGACGCAAGCAGCACCCGCCCCGUAAUAGUCGCCCCUGGUGUCGCGUAUCGCGAAGAAGGUGGCAUGAAUCAACAUUAGCUAACGAGCAUCUGCUGUCAAAAACCUGCUGGCCGGUAACGAAUGCUGAAGCGCUUUUUCUACCGCAUUUUCCAAUUGACUGUAACGCUGAGCGGCGCUAUCGAUUCCUGGAUCAUAUAGCGAACGGUGCGUUCGGCAGAGUUUACAAGGUGCAGGCAGUUGUCGAAGGCAAACAAACGAUUUAUGCACUGAAGGUGCUCAGUAAAGCAGAGAUCAUCAAUAGCAGUGCUAUAAAGCAGCUGAGAGACGAAGUUGAUAUACAGACCGUUUGCGGUCAUCAUCCGUUCUUGACUAAAUGUGUGCAUUACUGGCAAAAUAAGAAAAAGGUUUUCCUGUUGUCCCACUUUUAUCCCAACGGCGAACUUUUCCAGCAGUUGAAGAACUUUCCUCGAGCGUUGAUUCGCUUGUAUGUUGCUGAAAUCGCCCUGGCACUUGAUUUUCUCCACCAGGCUGGUAUAAUUUAUCGUGAUCUGAAGCCGGAAAAUGUACUUCUCGAUCAGGACUAUCACAUUAGUUUGAUUGACUUCGGUCUGAGCAAGUGGCUGAGCAUCGGUUCCCGGACGAAGACGCUUUGUGGCACGUUGCAGUACAUGGCUCCGGAAAUUCUUUCUGGUGAACCGUACGGUCACGCGAUCGAUUGGUGGGCUAUGGGAGUUCUGGCCUGUCGGAUGUACACCGGCGAGUAUCCGGAGCUCGACCUGGCAUCGUAUUUGAACAAAUCCGAUGACAUCGACAGACUCAUCAAGAACGGUAAGGUCCGCAAACCAAUCGGAGCGGAACCGAAGCUACUGCCAGAAUCUGCUUCGGACUUAUCGCCAGCUGAACAAGAUUUGUUGAAGCGCUUGCUGGAGACGAAACCUCAGUAUCGGCUCCGAUCCGUUCUGCAGUUACAGCGCAUUGCACUGUACAAAAAUUACAACUGGGAUGCGGUUCGCACAAAACAGAUUUCACCGCGGCAAUUGUUCGAGACGGGUACUUCUAUCAGCAGCAGCAGCAGCAGCAGAUUAGAGGCACAAGGUAGAGAAACUGUUACACAGGUAUCUGGUCGGUCAUUCGAGUUCGAUUGGUAGUUAUUAGCACCGCAUUAAAAUAAAUAUGACGCUGGAGCGGUCACGGCGUAAAACCGUCUGAUGUACCACGACGAAUCAAACGGAUUCACAGAUAAUAAUUGGUGCCGCAAUUGAAGCCUCAUCGCUGUUUGUAGAUUUUCUAGCCAGCAGCAGCGGUCAGCGAGCAUGUGGAUAAACAAAUUAAAAUAACAGAUUGGUCUAAAAUAACAAGCUUGCUUAUCGCCAGUGGAGAGGAGGUUUCGCUUCGCGCAAGAAUUCUUUGGUAAAAAUUAAGUGCCAUUAUUGGGUAAUGAUUGUUCAACCUUCAAUCUCUAUGUUGUUCACAGAGUACAGCUGACAAAGUGUAGCAAUUUUAUACUGAAUCUAUUUUUUUUGUAACUUGUAAUCUAACAUAUAAACUUCAGGUCUGAUCUUUGGUCUGUUUAAAUAGAGAAUCUCGAUCGCUAGAAAGAUGAUGAUGAUGUUUUUCGCAUAUUCAGAAUAUCAGAUAAAACCGUCCAUGUAGUAAAGUAAGAAUAAAAAAAAAAUCGAGGAAAUAAUAUUCAUUUUG